AUGUGCUUGAGGACAGCAGCACCUGGAGCAGCUUGCUUGAAAUCUGAACAGUGUUUGGGAGGGUCAUUGUGCGAAUCGGGGAUCUGUGAAUGUCCAAACUCGACUGUUCCGAUUGGGGGAUUUUGUCAGGAAGAGAUAAGAUCUUUAUGUAUCAAAGACGUGUGCGUGUGCGAGGCUCCUCUUACAGAGCUUUUUGGAAAAUGUGUCUCAGUCAGUGCUCGAUCAAAGAUCGAAAAAAGCAAGGUAUGCCCAACUGGACGGACCCCGUAUCUUCUCAAUGGGCUCCCACAACAAUGCACGUCACAACGUUGCCCAAAAGGAUACGAUUGUACCUAUAGGGACCAAGACUACAUAUGUUGCUCUUCAACGAGUAAAGCCGUUAAACGAGUGACAGCACCAGCCCCUGUUAACGACCAAUGUCCCCGAGGAGGUGCUCUGAUUUAUCCGUCUACGCGUAUGCCUGUAAUAUGCAUACCAGGAAAGAAGGGAUGUCCUCCAGGGUAA